ACCUGCAUAUAUCCUCUCACGGCCAUGUAAGUGGGCAUCUACUCGAAUUUCUGGUUCCCACAAAUCUGCACCUUCUUGUAAUAAUAUAUCUCAAACUCGAGGAGCCUCUAGCAUGGUCAUUUUAAGAAUUACAUCUCCCUAGACCUUCCAAAAGAAGAAGGAGAAGACGAUUAUAUAUUUUAUUAUUGGUCUCAACAUGAAGUCUUCAAUUCCUGCUUCUGGGACUCCUCCGUGCGAUUUGGAAGAAGUUCCCAACAUACACGUUGCUGGCAGUGUCUGCUCGAAGGAAUCUAGUCCUGAUAUUUCCGGGAACGACUCAUCAAUAAGUAGCAGCGGCAUUCAAAAUGAUGGAGAAGGCAUGGUUGAGAAGAACUUGCUGCCAGGAGUUGCGCAGGCUGAGGCCGUUACUCGUAUCUGGAAUAAAAACACCUUGUUUGUCGCAUAUGGAUGGUAAGUUACCAAAUGAGAAGUCAAUCUGGACACCAAUAAUUCUCCUUAGCAUAUUCCUGGUCUACUGCACCAAUUCUCUCCAGUUUCAAGUGCAACUAGCACUCAAUCCUUACGUUGCAAGCGCUUUUAAUUCUCACGCUCUGACUUCGGUUGUUGUCGUCGAAUCUUACAUACUAAGCGGCAUUCUCCAACCACCAAUGUCCAAAAUCUUGGAUUACUGGGGAAGAGCAGAAGGUCUCGUCGUUAUCGUAUCAAUAUCUGCCCUUGGGAACGCUCUUACCGCGGUUUGCAAAAAUGUACCUGGAUAUGUGGUAGCCCAGGUAUCCUUCUCCAUUACAUUUAGAAUGAAACUUCAUUAACAGCUCAAAGUCCUUUACCAAUGUCGGAUUUCAGGGACUGAUGUAUGUUUUGUCAGUUGUAGUCGCAGACACAACGUCGCUCGCUAAUCGCGCCUUCGCAUUCGCCUUCGCCCAAUGCCCAUUCAUUUUCACUGCGUUCGCUGGUCCAGCUUUGGCACAAGCUUUUUACUCCAAGGCUGGUUUUAGAUGGGUAUUUGGAUGCUUUGCUGUUAUUAUGCCCACCGUAUCCUUGCCGAUUAUUGGAUUACUAUUCUAUUACCAACGUAAAGCUAAUAGGCUCGGAAUUCUAACCAAGAUCCGAAGUGGAAGGAGCACUCUGAAGAGCAUUAAGCAUUUCGCAGUUGAAUUUGACGGUAAUUGCUUCGUCAAUCCAUUGAAGUACCACCGGACUAAUCUGUAUAACAGUUAUCGGUACAUUCCUAAUCUUUGUUGGGCUUUCUCUUUUCCUCCUCCCAUUUUCACUCACUGGUCCCGAAUUAUACAAAUGGACAUCACCUGCAAUACUUGGCAUGAUUAUUCCUGGCAUUGGCUUUUUAGUUGCUUUUGGGCUAUGGGAACAAUUUGGGGCACCUACACCAUACCUCCCAGGAAAUAUCCUUCUGAUGCCCUCAGUAAUGGGUGCUGCUUUAACCUGUAUUGGAUCUUUUGGUGCCUACUAUUGCUGGGACAAUUACUUUACUUCAUUUCUCCAAGUCAUGAAAGGUGUUGAUAUUCAACAAGCAGGCUUCAUUGGCAAUAUUCCAAACCUCGCAAAUUCCAGCUGCGGACUCAUUGUCGGUUAUCUGGUCCGCGUAUCAGGUCGCUUCAAAUGGCUUGGUUGGUCUGUGAUGCCGCUUCAGUUUGCUGGAGGAAUCAUGAUAGCAAUAUUCACACGAUCAGAUUCCAAAUUGGCUUACUUGAUAAUCAGUCAAAUUCUCGUCUCCCUCGGGGGUGGAACACUAUACGUCUGUGGAGAGAUGGCAGCGAUGGCCGUUGCUGGGCACGAUGGAAUGGCUGCUGUUCUUGCAUUUCAGAAUCUUUGCAUGGCUCUUGGUGUUUCGCUUGGUGGUGCCUUUGCUGGAGCAAUAUGGUCAAACACAAUUCCUGGACAGCUGAUGAAGUUCCUUCCCGAUGACGCCAAAAAGGAUGUGGCCAAAAUCUAUGGAAAUUUGGAGUUACAACUCAGUUUUAACUUUGGGCACCCAGUGAGGACAGCUCUAGUUAAUUCUUACUCAGUCGCUCAGUUUAGAUUGGGGGUGGCAGGGACUUGUAUUUUGUUUAUUACGGUGGUUGGCGUCGCUCUUUGGAGGGAUGUCCAUGUCAAGAAGCUCAAGCAGAUGGGAGGAGUUGUUCUUUAAAGGAUAGGGAUUGCAUGUCAUUCACUUUUGAUUCCUAUUUGGUUCAUGGACCUACAGCAGGAGAGUUCGAGAUCCACUAGGUUAGCUUUAUGGUAC